AAUCGUUUUUAACUUUUUAUUGUUUCAUUAUUGUUUUUCACAAAGUGUUCUAUCGAUCUUUAUCGUUCGACAAUCAUUUAAGAAAGAACUGUUUUUACAUGCAUGUAUGUGAUAUCAUCUAAAUCGGUGCAUCAACUGGAAUAAGUUUAUCGUGCGUUAUAGGGUGCAUUGUUAGUUUUAUUGUAGUAAGAAAAAUGUCUGAUAUUUAUACAACAAAAAUUGAUGGUCGAGUGCGUGUUCGAACCGAUUUGGAUGAUAAAAUACCCGUACGCACAGUGCCUCAAUUGUUGGAUGAAGCUGUUAAUUUAUAUGGUGAAAAUGUUGCGCUUUCCUGGCGUCAAGGUGAUGAAAAAGUUUGGAGACAAUUAACUUACGAGCAAUACCAAAAUGAAGUACGCACUUGUGCAAAAGCAUUUUUGAAAUUGGGAUUGGAACGACAUCAUUGUGUUUGUAUUUUGGGAUUCAAUUCACCUGAAUGGUUUAUUUCGGAUUUAGCUGCAAUUCAUGCUGGAGGAAUUGCCGCGGGUAUUUACACAACAAAUUCACCGGAAGCAUGUUAUCAUUGUUGCUCAACAUCCAGAGCGAAUAUUGUGGUUGUCGAAGAUGAAAAACAAUUAGAGAAAAUUCUGGAAAUUCGUGAUCGAUUGCCCGAUUUAAAAGCAAUCGUUCAGUAUUCUGGUACUGUGGAAAAUCAUCCAAAUGUUUACAGUUGGCAACAAGUGCUGGAACUUGGAAAAUCCUUACCUGAUAACGAUUUGGAUGCAGUGAUUAAAACUGUUACCGCAAACGAAUGUUGUACUUUGGUUUAUACUAGUGGUACCGUUGGUAAUCCCAAAGCGGUUAUGCUUAGCCACGAUAACAUUAUCUACAAUGCAACAGCCGCAAUGAAAUAUCUCGGCAUGAAAUGCGACGGACACGAUGUAAUUGUCAGCUAUUUACCAUUAAGUCAUGUGGCCGCACAGGCUGUGGAUAUUUAUGCAUCAAUACAGAUGAAAGCUCAAUGUUAUUUUGCUGACAAAAAUGCCUUAAAAGGAUCUUUGGUGAAGACCUUAAUUGAAGUACAACCAACCCAAUUUUUGGCUGUACCACGUGUAUGGGAAAAAAUUUAUGAUAAAAUGCAAGAAGUUGCUGCACAAAAUGGUUACCUGAAAAAGAUGUUAUCGUCGUGGGCAAAAGCUCAAGGCAUGGCACAUAAUCAAGAUCGAAUUAAUGGAUGUCCAUCACAUACGUGGGGAUACAGUUUGGCAAGUGCGAUUGUGUUUAAACGUGUGAAACAGGCUUUAGGUUUUGGUCGAUGUGAAAAUUUCUUAUCGUCAGCUGCCCCAUUGUCAGUUGAUGUUAAAAAAUAUUUCUUAUCAUUGGAUAUAUGUAUUUUAGAAUGUUUUGGAAUGAGUGAAGCAUCUGGAGCGCAUACAACAAACACAAACGCUGCCUUCCGUAUCGAUGGAAUUGGAAGAACAAUUCCUGGUACUCGAACCAAAAUUGAUAAUCCAGAUGAGGAAGGAAAUGGUGAAAUUUGUAUGAUGGGACGUCAUAUUCUUAUGGGUUAUCUAAACGAUUUGGAAAAGACCAAAGAAGCUGUGGAUGAAGAAGGUUGGUUACAUUCUGGUGAUAUUGGACGGAUCGAUGAUGAUGGUUUUGUACAUAUUACGGGGAGAAUUAAGGAAUUGUUAAUUACUGCUGGCGGUGAAAAUAUCCCACCUGUACUCAUCGAACAUAAUCUCAAAGCUGAAUUACCUUUCAUAAGCAAUGCUGUUUUGAUUGGUGAUAAGAGAAAAUUCUUAUCAAUAUUGUUAUCACUCAAAUCUGAAGUCGAUCCAGAUGGAACACCUUUGGAUACUCUUGCUCCAGAAACUAUUAGAUGGUUAAAAGACUUAGGAUGUGAAGCAACAACUGUAACCGAAGUGUUAAAAGAACAAAAUCCAAAGAUGUUAGCUGCCAUUCAAGCGGGUAUCGACGAGGUCAACAAAAAAGCAAUUUCCAAUGCACAACGUAUUCAAAAAUUCGCCAUCUUACCUACAGACUUUUCAAUUGCUACUGGAGAAUUAGGACCAACUUUAAAGAUCAAACGUUCCGUUGUUGUUAAAAAAUACGCGGAUCUAAUAGAAAAUUUCUAUAAAGAAUAAAAAAAAAGCAUAUCCAAAAAAAAAUUAUUAUACAAAUUUUAUACUUAAUUAUGGUUUUAACUUUCAAUAAAGAUCAAAUCAAAUAUC